ACCUUCCAGACAAGGAUCGUUGUCUCAUCUUCCUGGAUAAUUUCAUGGAAGUGGAGCAGCUAAAAUUGGUGAAGGGCAUGAAAGAGCGAUAUGAUUGGCCAAAAAUUCGAGAGAAUUUAUUGGCCGGGAACUUCGAUCAGAUCCUCUAUCGGCUGCUGAAACAGCAGAAGGAGAAUCGAGAGAGGAUACAGUUGGGAACGGAUAAGGACAAGGAGGUCUAUAAGACCUUAUUUGACAUAAGGGAAAUAAUGACCAGCAUGAAGGAGGAACGGCUAAAACUCCAAGUGAUGAUGGCCAAGGUAAAGACUGGAAAGAGAAAAGGGAAGGAGCCAGUCACUGAAGAAAGUAGCAGUGAAAGUGACAGCGAAGAGGAAAAGGAACCUCCCCGGAAACUGACCAAGGUUGAGAGGAAAACCUUGAAUCAGAUACGAGGAGGGCAGGGUACUUCUCGUAAACAAGGAGAAAGUAGUAAGAAUGGAGAGAAUGGAAGCAGUGGGCAGCAAGUUGGCCAGGGGCUCAACCACAAGGUGGUCGAGGCCGUGGUAGAGGCCACGGAAACGGUGGCGGACGUGGGAACUGGCAGGAUCCUCGUGAAAGAUGAGAAAGACCAGAUCGUCUUUACGAUGAUUCGAGGAGAAGUCUUUGACUUCGAAGGAAAUCUCAUCCAUCAGGACAUUGAAGGAGGAAUGAGAAAAGAGGCUUUUCGACGGAUGGGUCGUCCUUUUCCAGCUACAUUCCGAUUAGCUUCUCCUGAAGAAGCAAACCUUUUUGAAUUAGAAGAAACAUUGGUUUCUUUGGAGAUCGGUGGGUGUAACGAAGAAGAGUUAGAGGAAAGGAAAGAAGACAUUGCUCAUCGGGCGCGAGAGGUAAGCAGGAAACAGGGCAAGUGUCGAGAUUCCAUUGUACAGUUAUAUAUUAACAUGGAAGAAGUCUGGCCGAACCUUCCAAAUGUGUUCCUUUUUGGUGGAUGGGGAAAUGAAGGUCAGGAUGGGUCAGCACCUGUGGCCGCUUCGGCGCCUGAAGCAACGGUGAUGGCUCGGCAUAUGGCAAUGUCCAGACCCGUACUCAAGCGAGGGAUGCCAACCAUUAUGGUGCAGACGCGGAAGGGAAGGAAGACUUCACAAUCACAGCCUGCGUCAGGGGAGAGUUCAAAGGGGGCAAGAUUGCGUGCAGAGGAUGAACUGCUAGCAUAGCAGAGGAAGAGGAUGAUGACGAGGAUGAUGCAAGAUUGCGUGCAGAGGAUGAACUGCUAGCAAAGCAGAG